UACUGUAUAUAUUCAUUGAGAGUAACGUUUAUAUUUUGUGUCAAUAAGAAACGUUAUUCUGAAACUUAAUUCGAUGAAAGAACAUAUUUUAGCAAUUGUAGAGGAAGACGAAGAUUGCGAUUGCGGUUUGAGGUCGCAAUGUGAAAAGGAUCCUUGCUGUGUGCCAAGACAAACUAGCGAACGACCGUGUAAGGUGAACAGGAAAGAAGGACACCAGUGUCAUCCGUCGCAAGGAAUUUGUUGUACCAAAGAAUGCAAAUACGCAGUACUGGACAACUUGCACUGUAAAAACUUUGAACGGAAUUGUCCUUGUCCAAACGGAACAGAACCCUGUUAUUGUGGAAUAAGAGGUCGAUGUAUCAAAGAUCAAUGUCAUAGUUACGAAUGUACAAGAAUAAACCUUGUAGAAUGCGCGUGUGCAGCGGAAUCUUGCCAGACAUGUUGCCAGAUAGGGAAUCAGUGCGAACCAGCUCUGUCGGUAACGCGUGAUUUAUUAAACAAAAAGAAUGAUUCAGCUACGUUUAAAUAUUUUGUAAAUCAAGUAAAUAUUAACAAUAACCCUCCACAAACAAGACCAGAUGUCGAAGGAUAUACUUAUGAGGAAUUUUGCCAGACAAACAAUGGACAGAGAAUAUGCGUACGUACUCAUUUUUUUAUAGCUAAACCUGGACGAUAUUGCGUUAGUAGAGGCAAUCUAGGAAAAUGUAAGUCUGAUAGACGAAACAAAUUCAAAUGCGAAAUUCUUCCAAAGACACCAAAGAAACAAAUAUUUCCUCUGAUUAGCGGAUCAUGGACUAUACAUUUUGGACAAGCCACAAUCCUUCACAUACUUGUACUAAAUUCUAUCUUCAUUUUUAUUGUCCCGAACUAAACAAAAGUAUCUAAUGUAAUAAUAAAAAAUAAAUAAUU